CGUCAAUGCUGGUUCUUUUGACAUGCCUGGGGACACAAGCACAGGUAGAAGUGCGAGAGCCACCUCCACGACGCUCAAAGUUCAGUAAAUUCUAUAUAAGCGCAGACGAUGUCGACUAUAACAUGAAGUCACCUCUCGGCGGUAAAAUCGGAUACCCCUGUCGAAACACUUCUGCGGGCCCCAUCCAAGGCACACUAGUAGCCGGACAAAAUCUCAAAGUAUCCUUCGACGGCACAGCGACCCGACAAGGUGGCGACUGCCAGUUUGCCAUUUCAUAUGAUAAUGGGGAAAACUUUGCUGUUAUCUGGGAUAAACUUGGCAACUGCUUCCUGGACACAGUCAACGGUGGCUACGAGGUACCGAUUCCAGAAAGAUUGCCGGCGUCGAAGAGCGCCGUGCUGGCAUGGUCAUGGAUUCCGUCUAUCAGUGAGAGACCGUAUUACAUGAAUUGCGCUGAUGUGAGAAUUGAGAAUUACGGUAAACAGCAGGAGUAUACGGCUAAGGAACUGCUGGUGGUUAAUGUCCUGGGAAGCCAAAGCUGCUAUCUGCAAAGUACCCGGACAAAGACACACUGCCGGAUUUGCUCGAUGCGCGCCCGCUGA